AUGACAGAGGUGGUUAAUGAUGGUGGGGUGGUGAGGGUUUGGAGGAUGGGAGCAGUGGUGGUUGUGAUGGUGGAGGUUGUUAGUGGUGGAGUAGUGGGAGCAUCGCCUGUGAAUAUUGGUGAACAGAUGUUCUUGACAUUGCUUAAUGUGGUAAUUACAAGCAGGUUAUGGGGUGGCACAGUGAAAGGUGAGAAAAGAGCUAGGUUUGGAGCAGAAUUUAGGCAUGUUGUUACUAAGAUAACUGAGCUGUUAGGUACUCCAAAUGUUUCCGAUUUUUACCCGGGCUUGGAAAGGUUUGAUUUGCAGGGUGUUACAAAGAAGAUGAAGGUGUUGGCAAAGAGAUUUGAUAAGAUAUUUGAGACCAUGAUUGAUCAAAGACAAAAAUUAGAUACAAAUGGUGGGAUGGGAACUGCUGUUGACCAAGAAAUCAAGGAUUUUUUGCAAGUUUUGCUGAAGAUGAAAGAUGAUGCAGAUGCCAAAAUGCCUCUGACCUUGACUGAACUCAAAGCCUUACUCAUGAAUAUGGUUGCCGGUGGAACUGACACAACCUCCAACACAGUUGAGUUUGCCAUGGCUGAAAUUAUGAAGAAACCAGACGUCCUGAGGAAAUUACAACAGGAACUGGAGACAGUUGUGGGAAAAGAUAAUAUAGUGGAAGAGUCUCAUAUUACACAGUUACCAUAUUUCUAUGUGGUUAUGAAAGAAGCCUUGCGCAUACAUCCAGUGCUCCCACUCUUGGUUCCUCCAAGUGAGACAUGCACUGUGGGAGGAUACACUGUUCCUGAAGGACCUUGUGUUUUCGUAAAUGUAUGGGCUAUAUACAGAGAUCCUUCUAUCUGGAAAAAUCCAACUGAGAUCCAUCCAGAGAGAUUUUUGGACAAUAAAUGGGACUAUAGUGGAAAUGAUUUCAACUACUUUCCGUUUGGUUCAGGCAGAAGAAUCUGUGUGGGGAUUAUCAUGGCAGAGAGGAUGUUCUUGUAUUCAUUGGCUUCACUUAUUCAUUUUUUCGACUGGAAGUUGCCCGAAGGAGACAAAUUAGACCUCACAGAAAAGUUUGGUAUUGUUUUGAAGAAGAAAAUGCCUCUGGUGGCUAUACCGACUCCAAGAUUAUCCAAUCCAACACUCUAUGAGUAA